AUGGGAAAGAGAAAGAUCACGAUCGGCCUAGCGCAAGAACCUUACGUCGACUUCCUCGGAAACUCUAGGGCGAACCAUACGUGGAUCCCAGUAUACCCGACAACGCACAAACGGAAACCGCGAGACACCAGAGUUUAUACAGUCGUACACAGAUCCUUACCUCAAGACAAAUGGGAGCAGAUCGACAUCGAGACGCCAGACGCAACCGCGAUACGACUAACUGAUGAACGGGGAGACCUCAUCGUGUUCAACGUCUACAUUGACCAGCAGCACUCUGACGUACUCCAUCUAGUUGACAGGAUUACAAGCGAGGAAUGA